GGUGGCAAGUGUGCGGGACAUGCUGCGGUUGCCGGCUGGCUCCGGGACUUCUGCCGGGCGCGCUCUGGCCUUCCUGUCAGCCCGGCUGUUUUCUUGGAACAGCUCUUCGCCGAGGCGGCCCCCUUGGAAGGCUGGGCCUCGGCCUGAGGCCCGGCCCGGGGGCGCGGAGCUGCUCCGCCUCCGGGAGGACGACUUGCCCCUGGUCCGGCGGCAGGAAGUCUUGUUCGGGCUGGCGCCCUGUGCUUUAGCCCUGCGGGCCGCCCGUCGGAAUGUGGUCCGUCUCUUAUUCCACAAGGGAGGCGCGGGACACGGGGCGCGGGCCGAAUUGGCCCGAGCCGCCGAGGCUCUGGGCGUCCCGGUGCAGCUGAUGCGGCGGCGGGAGCUGGAUGCCUUGUGCCGGGGUCAGGUUCAUCAGGGCGUGUGUAUGGAGGUGGCCCCGCUGCUCCCCAAAGCCUGGCCGGAGGGCGGAGAGGACUGGCCGGCGGAGGGGCCGGCGGCGCGGCGCCUGUGGCUAAUCCUGGAGGAGAUCCAAGACCCUCGGAACUUGGGCGCCGUGCUGCGCACCGCGUACUUCCUGGGCGUGGACAAGGUCAUUACCAGCCAGAGGAACAGUUGCCCCCUGACCCCAGUGGUUAGCAAGGCCAGUGCAGGAGUCAUGGAAGUAAUGGAUGUCUUUGCAACUGGUGAUCUUCCAGGCUUGCUGAAGGCUAAGGCUCAACAGGGCUGGCUUGUGGCUGGCACUUUGGGCUGUCCAGGGUCUGGGAUUGCUGAGUGCUCUAACAUCCCUAUUGCCAGCUGUCUAGAGUUCCUCUGGGACCGAUCUACUCUGCUGGUGUUAGGAAAUGAAGGUUCUGGGCUAUCCCAUGAGGUCAGAAGCUUGUGUCAUAUUCUACUAACCAUUCGACCUGGGCGGGAGCUCACCCCAGAAGUGGAGUCCUUGAAUGUCUCUGUAGCUGCAGGGAUCCUUCUCCAUUCCAUCAUCAGCCAGAGGAAGGGGCGGGAAGACUUGCUUGACAGAGAAACAAGUGCUGUUGCUGGUGACCCUCCGGAAUCCCCGGCUUCUUCUGAAGACCCUGAACCUGGAGCCAGCCAAGGCCUAAAGGCAUGGGUCCCAGCUGCGGAUGCAGAGCCUAGAUCAGGAGGAGAGAGACUGAAGGGGAGCUGAUGGCGAUCUUGGGAAUCUGCUCGCUUCCACGUUGCUUGUGUGCACAUGGGUGUAGCUGUGUUUGGUCAUUCUUUCAAGACUUGGUUUGUGUUCCUCUGCCUCCCCUGCCAUGAAAUGAAGCCUUUCUGGAUCCUCUUCUGGCCUCUAGAGGCCCUGUCUCUUCCCUUGCCCCAACCACUUUGUAUCUGUUGUCUUCCCCGAUAGAAUGGAAGCUCCACAAGGGCAGGAUUGUUUCACUUUUGUCUUGUAUGUCAGGAUAGCUGAGAACUUGGUGUCUGAUUGUGAUUGAGUACAUGAGCAAGUCCAAGCACGUUGAGUCCUUGGGAGUGUGUUCACACGCUCACCAGCCACACCAAUGUGCAUUUGUUGAUAAUAAAUGCGGCCCACAUUGGGCAUCUUCAGUAUAAGGGCUGAGGGGAGAGAAUUCAUCGUAUCCCUGAGCUCUGCUGGAAAAAUCAUUUGACAACAGCCAGUUGUUUAUUUUGUUGGUGGGGAGGAUGGGACAAGAGUGUGCCUCACCUUUGUCCAAGGACGAGGGGAAGGCAGAUGUCUGGUCUGAGGGAUUUUCUUUUAUCAGGCACAUUGGAUAGCCUGUUGGACUUAAUGUUAAGAAGCCCUGGGUUCAAAUCCUGUUUCAGACUGGGCAAUUCACUAUACCCCUUGCCCCUCAGUUUCCUCAUCUGUAAAAUGAUGGCACCUUCCUUGAAGGGUUGAUGGAAGGAACCAAGGAAAUAUGUGUGACAUGGUUUGUAAGCCCCAAAGUGCUAUAUAAAUGUGAGCUGCUAUUAUACUAUUAGCAUAUAUGUUUGUAGUGGUGGUGGGGUCUGUCUUUGUUACCCCCAGGCAGAAAAAGGAGGUUUAUGGAGGAAGGAGAUAGAAUGACUGGUCGAUUUGGCUGACAGUAGGAGAGAGAGUUGGAACUGGGGUCAAGUAGACCCCAGUUUGAAUUCUGUCUCAGAUACUAGCUGGGCAAAUCAUUUCACUUCUUGAGAGAGGUGAAGUUUCCUCAUCUGAAAAAAGGAGAUUGUUAUAACAGCAUCUACUUCUCAGGGUUGGUACAAGGAUGAAAUGAGACCAUGUAACGUGUUAAAACAUGCUUUGCAAACCUUAAAGGUCUAGGUAAAUGCUAGUUAUUAUUAUCAGUAUAAUCCCAAACCCAGGGAUUGGAGUUAGAGGAUUACAGAUUUAGUACUAGGAGGGACCUCAGAGGCUGUCUUAUCUAGUCCACCCUCCCUGCUCACAUUCUACAGAUGGGAAGGUUGAGUCCCAGAGAGAUUAGGUAAUUUAUGUAAGGUUUCUGGGCCUAAAAGGAGAACAUAAGGAGAAGAAGAAUGACUCCUGCCCGUGCAGUAGAAACACCGAUGGAGAACGUCAGAGCCAGAAGAGACUAUCUAAUCUUAACAGUAUUUUACAGGGAAGAAACAGGCCCAGAGAGGUAAAGAAGGUCACACAGCUCAUUUGUUUCAGAGCCAGGACUAGAACUCUUAGUCUCCCAGCUCCUGGUGUGGUCUUAUGUUCCAUCGUAAAGCCCUGCCCGCUGGAGAGCCUCCUCAACCCAGAAAGCUUUGGGAGAAUGGAGGCCUAAGUAGACGUGGCUGAACGCCCUUUGUUUCCCCUUCCUCCUGUUUUCCAAGGACCGACAGGACUGCCGUUGAGAGGUCUUAGCUUAUAGAUCACUCCUUUUUUUUCUUAUUUUUAAAUAUAUUGGAAAUCAUUUUAUUUUACUAAUAGUUUCCAACCAGCCACUCCCUGCCACAAGAACUUUUCCUUGUGACCAGCAGAAACAAUUUCCAAAGCUGUGUCCAAGUAUUUCCAUAGACGGAGGAAUGUUUCAUUAUGCGCCCCCUAGAGUCAACAUUGGUCAUUUCAUUAAUUUAAUUCUGAUGUCUAUUAGUA